CGUCACAGCAACGGUGUCCCCGAGCUAACUUGAGUCAGAGUAACCAUCAAGUGCCUAGUAGAAUUUUACCCGAAUUUUUGUUAUCAGUUACUUUACUCUGAAUGCGGGCUUGCUUUAAUGGAAGGGAGACUGGGAAACUAUGGCAUGGGCUUGCGUCACCUAAUUGGUGAAAGGGCUAAAUUGAAUGAGCUUGUAGUCAAUGGAAUACAAAGACUGAUCUUUAAAGGCCGAAGACAAGUCUAUCUGCUCUUGCCUAUGAAGGACGGUCCGAUCGAUACAGACCUGUUAAGUGACUGAGUAUACAAGUGAUGCGUAUAUACAUGUACAUGUACAAGUCCAUUUAGUGAAUGCGCCUGCGCCUUGGAAUAUUAGACUCACUCCGUCCAUGAAGGGAUUUGCAGGCCGACAUCCCGCUUGCGACGGUAAGAAAAUCUGGCAUUAUUGUGUGUAAACAUGUUAGAACAAUUUUAGCAAAAGAUUGAGUGUUAGUUCAAACACUCCCUCCGUCAAAAUACCAAAUUACAGCGACCCUCUUUUCAAGGUAGUGAGACGAAAGUUCUCCUACCUUUUCAGGGAGGAAUAAGAUCGUUCUUGCCAACUUGCGUCAUGUGUUAGUGAUCUACUUUUCAUCUUGAACAGCAUAUUAAGGUUAAAUAAUGGAAGAAAAAGCAGGCGCACUCGGGGCACCUCCUCCCUAUGCUGCAAGUCUGGGACAACCAGGCCAACCGGAACCGGCCUGGCAGGACCCGGCUGCCCCACCACCGCCGGUGAUAGCUCAGCCUGGUCAGACCACCGUAAUGGUACAGCAACCGCCGCCCGUGCCGCAACCACAAUCGGUGGUCGUUACCACCGCGACCAUGCCGAUGAGAAUGUCCCAAUUCCCCGCCAACGUCCAGUGUCCUAACUGUCGCAACACUGUCACGACAAACACCCACCAGGAGAACGGAACCUUGGUGUGGCUGACUGCCUUGAUACUGCUCUUGAUAGGUCUCUGGCUAGGAUGCUGCCUCAUCCCUUUCUGCAUUCCGGCUCUGAAGGACACGAUCCACACCUGUCCCAUCUGCCAAUUCACCAUCGGCAAACACACCCAGAUCUGAUCGGAUAAUCGUUUUGGCCGUGAAAAAUUGAUGAAAAUCUUAACUUAAGCUUGAUCUCACUUUUAUUUCAACGUCUUCCUUUUAAACUCAACUUUAUGUGCCUGGUUUCAAGUGCACAGAAUCGAUUCAAGUGGAAGCCUUCAUUUUUGAAAUAAAAUGUCUAUACAAACAUGUUAACCGUUUUCUUGUGAUUUACAGGCUCAACCUUGUCAGAAUAAUAGUAGAGAAUAUAACAGUCGUGGAAGUACUUACACCUGAUGCAUAAAAAGCCCCGUUUUCUGGCGUAACUUUCCUUGCUCUUGAGACAGCUUCAAAAGUUAAUUUCGAUAUCUGAGAAAUGUAAAUACUCAUUUUUUAUGAAAUUGAUAUGCACUUGCAUAAGCCUUCGUACUUAAAGAAACAUUUUAAAGUUGCAAAACGAUCUCACUAUAUCUCACUAUUAUGUAUCAUAUUCGUAUAAUUUUGGAGGUGUUAUGAUUGCUGUGUAGAUGUACGGAUCUAAGAAUUUUACUGAAACGUGGUUAAGCUUCAGAUCUUGUAACUUACAUGAAAAAGCAAUGUAAAAGUAUGGUUGAUAAAAUGAAAGUGGCAUGAAGUGGCACUUUUUAUACAGUUUUAUCACAAUAGUAGCUCCACACAUUUUAAUAAACAAGUCACGGGCUAAACGUGUGGGAAAAAGUGGGUACAAAAACGUGUUUAAACUCUAAACAUUGUUUUGACAGUGUAUAGGUAUUUCUUAUUGGAUUAACUGUACACAUUUGUAGAAAUAAACGAGAAGGUCCUAAA